AUGGAUGGGAAUAAAUUGAAAGAGGUAUGCAUUUUAUUAAAUAGUAAGAAUGAGAAGAAAAUACAACGUGGUAUAAAGAGAUUAUUUAGAUUAAUUAAAAAGAAUGAUUUUAAGAACACAUAUAAUAUUGAAAAGAAUAUAUAUGAUGUGGAUAUUAUAAUAGAGAAUAAUUAUUUGGAUAUAGUAAUAUAUUGUUUAUCUUUAAAUGUAGAAAAGACGAAAUCAUACAAAUUUGGUUAUUACAUUAAUUUAGAUUUUAUAGAAAUUAUAUUUUAUACAUUAAGUUGGGUGUUAUAUCAUAAAUUUAAAGAUUAUUGUUUUUAUAUUGAUAAUGAAGAAAAUAAAAAUGAAGUUCAAAUAAAAGAAAAAGAAGAGAACUUUAAAAAGAACACAUCCUUUUUGAAUUUAGGGAAUUUUUUUUAUGAUAAUGUUCAUUUUCUUGAAAUAAUAAUUUUAAAUAAUUUUCAUCAUAAUCGAGUGUAUAUAUUAAGCACAAUUUUUUAUUUCUUAUUAUAUCAUGAAAGGUUUCGUUUUGGUUUUUUUUCUUCGACGUCAUUAUUAGUAAAUUUAAUUAAGUUAAAAAAAAAUGUUGAAAAUAUUUCUGACUUGUUCAGGAAAAAUAAAUUGAAUGAGAAUGUUCAGGACGAAUUUUUCAUCCAAGGGAAAAAGAACAAGAAGGAAGAAAAUGAUGAAAAUAAAGAAAAUGAUGAAAAUAAUGAAAAUAACGAGAAAUUAAUUUUUAUAAGAAAUACAUAUGAAGAAGAAUUAAUUUAUUUAUAUAAAUUUUUAGUUCUUCAGAACAGAACUAACAAUUUAAAAAAUAAUUUUGUAGAGAAAGGUAAAAAUAUGGCGAGGCAUUAUGGUUUGGUAAGCGAGUUUAUGUUAUUAAAAAAAAAUGGAAAGUUCAAGGUGCAUAGGGAAAAGGCUAUAAAUGAGGAGAAAAAUAAAAGUAAUGAUAUGAUAAAUAAUAAAAUGGAUAUUAAAAAAUGCAUAUUAAAUAAAGGAAAUAAUAACAACAACAACAAUAAUAAUAAUAAUAAUAAUAAUAAUGAUAAUGGUAAUUAUUUUGAGAUUGUAAGAGGAUCCAUUUUGAUAUACUCCAUUUACCGUUAUAUUUUUAGCUCAAAGAAUGACGACUUAUAUAAACAUUUUAAUCCAAUAUGUGAUGAAUUAUAUGACAUUUUUAUUAAUACAAGUGAGUGUUGUAAAUAUUAUAUUUUAUUAUGUUUAUAUGAAAUAUUAAAAAAAAGUGAGAAUUAUAAAUAUAUGAAUCUUUUCCUAUUGUUCAUAAAAUUGUUAAGUGUAUUUUUAAAUAACGUACAAAAAAAUGUAGACACACAUUUUCUUUUCCUUAUGAAUAAUUUAUUGUUAUUACAAAGAAAUACAUUUUAUUCCAUAUACCAAAACGGUGUAUUUAAUUAUAAACAUAUAAUUCUUUUCAAAUGUUCCAUUGGAGAGAAUAAAAAUAUGAAUAAAUUGAAAAAUGAAAAAUCCCCUCCCUCCCCAAAUAAGAAAAAAAAAAAAAAAAAAAAUUACUACUUUAUAAUAAAAAAUAAAAAUACAGAGAGGUCUUUAUUAUAUAAUGCUGUAAAUAGUUAUGAAGAUAUAUUAAAUAAUAUCGAUCAAAUGGAAGAAAAUAACAAAUAUAUACAAACAAAAUAUGGAUUAUUAUUAAAAGUGAAUAAAGGAGAUAUAUAUUAUGUGUCCCUUUUGUUUUAUAUUCUUCAGGUUUAUAUAGAUAUAUGUCUGAAUGAAAAAAAACAAUUUUUAUUAAAUAGUUAUAUGGACGAUAUUAGUAAUAAUAAUAAUGAUAAUAAUAAUAAUAAUAAUAGUAAUAGUAAUAGUUAUAGAUAUAAAAAGGAUAACAAUUUUAAGGAUAUAAAAAAUAUUAACAAUUUGUAUAAUAUGAAUAAAUCUAUUGUAGGAAAAUCAUUAACUCAUAAAUUAAAUGAAAAUUUUUUUAAUUUUUUGACAGAUCUAAAUAUUAAAUAUUUUAUUAAUCAUUUUGUUAUUAUUAAAACAAUAGGAACAUAUCAACAUCUUAUUAGUUUGUAUUAUAUGAAUAAUAAAAAGCUAGUAUUUAGUUAUGACAAAACAUUAUAUAUAUUUUUGUUCUUAAAAUUAUAUGUCGAACUUAAUAAAAUAUUUUUCAUAUGUAGAGAGAAUAAAAUAGAUGAUAAUAAAAAGAAGCAACGGGAAACUAAAAAAAAAUGUGCAGAAUGGGUAGGUGAUAAUGUAGGUUGGUCUGAUUUUUCUUUAUAUGAAGGUGAACAUUUUGUGUUAAAUAAUGAGGUGACAGAACAUAUGUAUAAUUUAGGAUGUAGUAAAAAAAUUGAAAGUGAAAAAAAAAAAAGAAAAUUUAAUUUUAACGAACAUAUUGAUGAGAUUGUACAUAAUUGUUGUGACGAGAAUUCUGUACAGGAUGAGUAUAAAAAUUUAAAUAAACGUUGUAAGGUACACAAGAGUGAUGCUUUGUCAGAUAUAUGUAUAAACAACAAUAAGAUGAUACAAAGUGCGUACGAUACGAUGAUUCGUAGUGAAAUGUGUGAUAUAUAUUGUGAUAAAGAUAGGAUUUUCUUAGAAUAUAAAUAUAUUUAUAAAAAGAUAAAUGUGGAGACAAUGAGAAACACUAAAUUUUUAGAUAUAAUAAAAGAGUUGAUUUAUUAUAAAAUGCUAUUAGAAAUGUACAAGAUGAGAGAAAAGCGUGCUGACUAUAAUAAGGAAUUAAUUUAUGAUGAGAAUAUUUUAAAGAACACCCUAAAAUAUAGUAACAACAGCAAUGGUAAUAAUAUAAAUAUAAAUAUAAAUAAUUUGUGUAAUUUUAAUUAUUAUCACAAUGUUGAUAUUUCAGAACUUGAAUUGAAUUAUUUGAAUAAAUUGAAUGAUGUCAUAUAUUUUUUUAUACCUUUCAAUAUAACCGAUUUUUUGUUAAAAAAAAUAACGAAGGCAGAUAAAAACAAUUUAUGUAAUUAUUUUAUUAUUUCAUAUGUUUAUUAUAUAUUAGAAGUAUUUAAAUGUAUAUGUAGAUUUAUACUGUCGGUAGAUAUUUUUAUACCGAUUCCAGAAGGUAUUAAUAAAAAGAUAUUAUUGAAGAGUAUAAAAUUGGAUAUAACGAAUAAGUUUUAUGAUAUAAUAUAUAAGUAUUAUAUUUUUGAAAUAUCUUAUGUAAAUAUGUAUAUAUCUAAGGAUAAUAUGAAUGAUAUGUGCAUAAAUAGUAAAAGAGGUGAAUAUGAGUAUAAUAACUUGAAGGGGAUAAGUAACAAGGUGAUGAGGAAUAAUAUGAAUAAUAAAAAUGUCGUACAAAAGAAUGAUCAAAGUAAUAGAAAUAAUAAUAAUAAUAAUAAUAAUAACAAUUUUGAUGAUGAUGAUGAUGAUGAUUACAUAUUAAAUAUAAAUAUGAACGAUGAUAUUAUAAAUUAUAGUGUAGAAAAGAAUAAAGAAGAAAAAGAGAUUGUUAAUAGUUUACAUUUUUUUUUAAAUGACAUAAUAGUUGAUAAGGAUAAUAUAUUUAUUUUACAUUUCAUUGUUGUAAGAAAUUUUAUUAAUUUAUUUAAAGAAUGUGAACUAAAAAAGAAAAUAUUAUAUGAAUUAUACAAUAAAAAGAAAAUUAUCCAGCUUCAUAACUUUAAGAUAUUUUAUAAUAUAAAUGAAAAUGUUUAUAAAAUAUUUUUGAAUAAUUUUAUAGACAAAUAUUAUGUUACGGUUGAAAAUUUUAAUAUUUUGGAUAAUCUCUUUUAUGUUUUUAUAUAUUAUAAAAGAAAUAUAAUUAUAGAUAAGGAAAUAAAAGAUAACGAAAAAAAUAUGAAACGUUUUUUGGAUAAUGAAAAAUAUUAUAAGUGUAUGGAAAUAUUAAUAUAUAGAUUUUUAAGUAAAACAGAUUUUUUUGAUUCGACAUCAUUAGAUGAAAUAAUAUUAUUUUUUUAUCUUUUAAGAAAUAUAAAUAAUUUGAGACAUUUUGUUUUUGUAUUGUCCUUAUUUUGUAGAUUCUUUAAUUUGUAUAAAACCAAGUUGAAAUAUGUAGAUAUGUUUAAUAAUGUUUCAUGGAGGAAAAAAUUAAAACAUAUGAAAAAAGAACCAAAUCAAUAUUCAAAAAUGUUAUAUCAUCAAGAUGGUUCUUUCUUUUUUAAGAUGAUUAUUUGUUUUUUCUGUACAUAUAAUUAUGAUGGUUUUUUAAGUGGGGUUCCCAUAUUAAAAGUGAUUAAAGAUGAAAAAGAAGACACACAACAUAAAAAGAGGAAAUUUGAUACCACCAAAAAAAAAAAUAUAUAUAAUAAUAAUAAUAAUAAUAAUAAUAAUAAUAAUAAUAAUAUUAAAAAUGACAGCCAGGAUAAGCAUAUUAAUAUUCCUCAUAAUGAUGAUAGGAGUGAUACGUGGUCUUACCAAAUCAAUGAUGUUUUAUAUAUUUAUUCAUACUACUUAAAUUAUAUCAAAUAUGUUUUGUUAUAUAAUCCGUAUAUAUAUAUGAACAUAAAACAUAAAUUAAAAAAAAAAAAAAGCCUAGAAGAAUUGUUCUACAUGUUUACAAAAAAGAAAGAAGUUUCUUUUGUAAAAUCGAGUGAGGAGGAUAAUAAUAAAGAUAGCCCAAACAAAAAUAUACAUAUUAUUACACAUGAAGAAGGCAACCAAAUGAUAGAUGUAUAUUUUAAUAAUUUUAUAUUGUUUCAAAAAAGUAUAAAAUUAUUUUUAAAACAAAUAAGAAAUUUAAACAAAAAAAAAAAAAUGAAAGUGAAACUAACAGAUGAGAGUUCUAAAUAUAAAAUGGAUAUAGAAGAAAUAUAUACCAAUACAUUAGAACCAUUUUGUUUAAAUUUUUUUUUUUUAAAAGGUGAUUAUAAUAGUUAUGAUAAAAACGCAAAAGAAUAUAAAGUUCAAAAUGAAUAUGGAAUUAUACAUAUGUUAACGAAUUGUAAGAAUAUAUUGCAUGCUUAUAUAAUUAAAAAUGAUAAUGAAUUUGUUUUAAAUCAAAAUGUUAUAUGUUGGAAUUCCGAUUUAAUAUAUCAUCAUAUGUGUAACAUUUCGUCGGUUUUAUUAAAUUAUUUUUUUAUUCUAUAUACAUAUAUACAAAGUGUACGAAAUAAAAGGGAUGAAGAAAAUAUAAACAUUAAUAUUAAUGUAUUUAUGUAUAUAAUAAGUAAAAUUAAUUAUGUUUUAAAAUUUUAUAUAUAUUCAAAAAAUGUAAGCAACAAUUAUUAUAAUAUAAAAAAAGAAAUCCCGUUUCAAUAUUAUAAAAAAGAUGAGGAAGAUUAUUAUUAUUUUAAUCAUAUGUUUGUAUUAAAAAAUAGACGUUUGGAAAAAAAUGUUUUUUUAUUAUCAUUAAAUAUUUUAAAGAACAGGUGGUUUUUUAUAUUGUUAAAAUAUUUUAUACAUAAAUAUGAAACUUAUACAGAUGUGUUUGAAGAGUUCUUAUAUUUAUAUUUAUCCUUCUUAAACAAAAAUAUGAAUACAUUUUUUCGUAUAGUACAAAAAAAGAAAAAAACUAAAUUGUUAUUACGAAAUUUGAUGAUAAAUAUAAUUAUGGGGAUUGUAUUACAUGAUAUUGUAGAACAUGAGGGGGUCGAGGUGUUUAAAAAAAAAGUAUGUUAUAUAACAUUGUGUAUAUUGAAAAAGUUAAAUGAAGAUGAAAACUUUAUCAGCUCUUACUUGAAUCAGUCUAAUCAUUUAUUAAAGAAUGAAACAGACGUAAACAUUAUUAUUGAUGAUAAGGAUGGUACUUUUGAUUGUACAUGUUUUUUUUGUGAUGGGAAGUGCACUUUUUUAAUGUGCGAAGAAGGUAAUAGUUAUGUUUUACAAAAGAAUGAGAAAAUUAUUUUUGAACAAUUGGUUUUAUAUUAUAUAUUCAAGAUGAGAAAUGAAAAAUUAAAAAGAAAAAACAGAAAGAAAGAAUACAUAUAUGAUGAUCACAAAAGAGAAGAGCAUCUUCUUCGUAGUAGUAAUAAUAAUAUACCUGUGUUAAUUAACCUAAUUAUAGAUAAAAGAAAUAUAAAUGAUAAAAUGAAAAUAUUAUUAAAUAAAUUAUGUAGGUUAUAUAUUAGAAAAUGUUAUAAUAAUAAUUAUAUUAUGAAUAAGGAUAUAAUAAAAAAGAUAAUUAUGGAAAGGUUAAGUGAUAAGAAUAAUGAUAUAUUUGUUUUUACAAAAAGAAUUAAAGAUGAUUAUAUAUAUUUAUUAGAACAUGAAGAUAUUGAAAAUGAUAUGUAUGUCUUUUUUAUGUAUAAUUUUUUAAAUACGGUGGAUAUUAAAUUUUUGAAUAAUGAAAAGGAGAAUAUAAAUAAGGACAAUUAUUUUGUUAUUUUAUUUUUAUUAUAUUUAAUAAGAAAUAAAAAAAUUAGUGCUAUAGAAAAUGAAGUAAAUUAUGUACCCAUAUUUAAAGAAUAUGACACCUUAUGGUUGUUAUUAAACAAUAUAGAAUAUGAAGAAAUAUAUUAUUUAAAAAAGGAAGUAUUCCAUAAAUCGUUUGCUGAAAAAUGUUUAGAUAAUAUUAUAUGUGCAUAUAAAAAUGGUCGACAAAAAAACAAAUUAAGUUUCUUAUUAUUAGUAACAAUCCAUUUUAAAAAUAAAAUAUGUUUAUUUAUUGCUUUGUCCAUUUUGUUUUAUGUUGGUGAUAUGUUAAAUGAAAGCAAAGAAAAAAGAAAGAGCAUGUUGAAAAAAUAUGAGGAUAUAUCGUUUAUAAGGAGAAUAUGUAAGGUUCUUUUUUUUUAUUUUUAUGGUUAUAUAUUUAAAUAUAAUAAAUACCAAAGAUUCAACAAUUGUCAAGAAAAUGUUGAGGAGAAUAAUAACUUAAAUAGGUGUCCGAAUGAUGAAUAUAUUUUUAAAUCAUACGAAAAUAUAACUCUUUUUUUAUUUAAAAAAUUGUUUAAAUGUUUUUUACGAUAUGAAGAAAUGGUUGAUAAUGUAAGUGACGAGAAAAUAAAUGAAUAUGAGCAUAUACAAAAUGUAGAAAUGGAUAUGAAACCGAAUUUGAAAAUUCUAACAAAUAAUAAUAAUAAUCAUAAUAAUAAUAAUAAUAAUAAUAAUAUUAUGUGUAGUAAUAGUGAUGCUGAUGAAGAAGGGUAUAAGAACUUAAAUAUGAUGAGAGGAUGUAAUAUAGAUGUAAAUAAUUAUGUUGCAGAUUCGAACAAGAUAAAACAAAAUGAAUACAUUAUAAAGUAUAUGUCCAAAAGAAGGAAUGAUUAUCACAUGUUAUUAUUAUUAUUAUUAAAUUUGGUGAACAAAAAGAUAGAGAAUGACAAUGAUAAUAAUAAUUAUGUGGAUGGUGAAGAUGUAAACAAAACAGUUGGUAUGAAGAAAAUAGAAAAGAAUAUAUAUCUACAUUGGAAGAGUAUAUUAUUAUUUAUUUCAUUUUUAAACAAGAACGAAAUUAAAAAAGGUAAUUUUUAUUAUGAAUAUGUGAUGAAAAAAUAUAUUUAUAUGUUCAUAGAUCAUGAUUUGAAUAUGGAAAAAGAAGAAAAUAAAGAAGGUCAUAUUAUUUAUAAAAAGAAAAAAAGAUAUAUUUUAUUUUACAUUUACUUUUUAAUAUAUAAAUUUAUGAAAUUAAAAGAGUUAGAUGUUUUAUGUAUGAUUGAAAUAUUUUUCAAAAAUGUUUUGAUCGAAGAAUUUAUUGUAUCUAUAUUGGAAGAAUAUGAAAAGAUGGAAAAUGAAGACAAAAAGAAAAAUGAAAAAUUGGUAAUUUUUUUAUUAAAAAUGAUAAAAAUAUUUUAUAGUGAAUGGUACAAUUUAUGUAAAGAUAAAUAUGUAAAACAAGAAAUUUAUUUAAAAGGUUUAAAUAUUAACAUUUUUAAUGCAUUAAAAAGAAUUUAUAGUUACACUAUGACCAAUAUAAAUAUAUAUAUAAGAAACAUAUUUUUUGUGGACCUAUGUAAUUAUCUAAAUUUUAUUUCUUUGAACAAUAUAUUAGAUAACAAAUUAAUAGAUGAAGUAUUAAAAUUUAAAGAAUUUAAUGUAAAUUAUGAUAAUAAUUAUAAUUGGCUAAAUAUGAACACAAGUAUGGUAAACAAAACAUGUCUCUAUUUUAAUUUUAAUGAAAAUAUAUAUUAUAUGUUACGAAACAAUGAUGAAACAAUAAAUAACGAUAAUGAUAAUAAUGAUAAUAAUAAUAAUAAUAAUAAUAAUAAUAAUAAGAAUAAUAUUAAUAAUAAUAAUAAUAAUAAUAAUAAGAAUAAUAUUAAUGAUUUAAAAGAUUUUAAUUAUUGUGAAGAUGGAAAUAAUUUUUUCAAUAAUAAUUAUAAAAAUAAUAUGAACAAGUCAGGUGAAAACCAAUAUUUUGAAAACUCAAAAAUGGCUAGCUCAGUAGAAAAUGAAGAAAAAUAUGAAUAUAAUAACAUCAGAAAAGAUAUUGGAAUAUAUAGAAGAAGUAGUAGAGUAUAUUUAAAAAGUAGUGGUAAAUAUGUAUACAGUAUAUUAAAUCAGAAUAAUUUUAUAAGAAAAGAGGUUUUUAAUUUAGCGUAUAAGAAUAAAUUAAAUAAAAAUAUAUAUGAUUAUUUCUUUUUAUUGUGUGUAUUGGUAAGUAAAUUAUUUUUUGUGUUUAUAUUGAUGUCAGAAAAGAUUAGGGUAUUUUUUUAUCACUUUAGGUUAUUAUAUACGUAUCAAAAAGAGGAGAUAUUUUUAAAUUUUGAUUUGUUGAGGAUGCAAGAAAUUAAUCGAAAGAUAAAAAAUUAUAUUAAGAAAUAUCCUGAUAUACAUUUUUAUAUAGAUUAUGACAACAAUGAGAAUGAAAAAGAGAAUGGGAUGAAUGGUAUGGAGAGAAAUUAUAUAAAUCAUGAUGAUUAUUACAUGGAUCAUUCUUAUGAGGAGAAUAAAAAAAGAAAAAAUCGAUUAGAUACAAGCAAGGGCUAUGAUAAUAGAAAUGUUAAUGUAUAUUUAGAUAAUAGUAAAAAAAUAAUUUCAUAUGAUGAAGAGAAAGAACACUUUCAUCAUUUAAAAAAAAAUCAAAACUAUGAUAGGAACUGUAAGUUUUGUAUAAAAUUUAGGGAGAUACAUAAAAUUGGUGAUACAGAAAGGAUAAUGAAUUUAUAUGAUAAGGAAGAAAAGACAAAUAUAAAGAAUAUGAUAUAUUACGGAAAGACAAUACGUACAAAUUUGUUUUUACAUAGUCCUUAUGAAUAUAAUAUAUAUAAAAAUUGUAAAACCUUUAUUGAUGAUGAAGAAUUUAAUAAUGAUGAUAUACGAGAAUCAAGAAAUGUGCAUAAUCACGCAGAUGAUGAUAACCACAAUUUUGAUGACAAUAACAAUUUUGAUGACAAUAACAAUUUUGAUGACAAUAACAAUUUUGAUGACAAUAACAAUAUUGAUGAUAAUAACAAUAUUGAUGAUAAUAACAAUUUUGAUGUUGAAGUCAAUGGGGAAAGUAAGAAUAUGAAUAGGAAAAAUAAAAGACCCAAUUUGAAUUUGAACAAAAUAAAUACUUAUUGCUUAAUCGAUGAAGACGAAUUAUUAUAUGGAAAGAAAUUAAAGGAAAAUCAUUUUACAAAAAGGUAUAAAAAAUUGUUAGAUAUAUAUUUUUUGAGUGAUGUCGAUUUUUUUGGGAGAUGGAUAAAAAUAUUUUCAAUGAACGGAUUGAAGUUAUUAAUAUUUUGCUUAAGUAGUAAUGAUUUAAUAGUUAGGACUAUAAGUUUGAAAGGAUUAUCUAUAUUUUUUCAAUUGAUUGAAAAUUCAUUUUUUCUUUAUAAAAUAAGAAAAAAGUUAUUAUCCUUCAAAAAGAAAAGUGGUAUGUAUACAGAUGAUAAAGAUGAUAAUUAUUAUGUGAAUGUUGAUGGAAGAGAUGUGUUGAAUAAUUUAUAUGAAUCUAAAAAAAGUGUAAUGAAAAAAAGGAAAUUAAUAAUACCUUUUAAAGAACUAUUUUAUUUAUAUUUUUUUAUGAAGAAAUUAAAAUAUUCAGUAGAUCCGUUAACAUAUUAUAUAAAUCCAAGUGUAUCAUCAUAUUGUUUUUUUUUCUUAAAUGAGGUAUAUAAAAAACAAAAUAUAGUGAAUACAUUGAAGAAUUUAAUUAGGAGUAAGACUUUUUCUUCUAUUUAUUUUUCGUAUUAUUAUUUAAAUAGUUUGUUUAAUAAUAAUUUUGAUUCUUUGGACAUCAUGAACUUUUUUAUUAUGUCAAAUCAGGGUUUGCAUUCGACGUGUUACAAUAGCAUAGGUUAUGAGGAAGGGGGCGGUAAAAAUGAUAAUAAUAAUGAUAAUAAUGAUGAAGAUAAUAAUAAUAAUAAUAAUGAUAAUAAUAAUGAAGAUAAUAAUAAUAAUGAUGAUAAUUAUGAUAAUAAUAACUAUGAUAAUUAUAAUAAUUAUAAUAAUAAUAAUAAUAAUUAUGAUAAUAAUAACUAUGAUAAUAAUAACUAUGAUAAUUAUAAUAAUUAUAAUGUAAAAGAAAAAAAGUUGAAUAACACCAUAGAUAGAAGUUAUUAUGCUACGACCAACUUUACUAAUAGGAUGAUGCUCGAUACUUUUGAUGAUGACCGGGAGGAUAACUACAGAUACAAAAAUAAGGACAAAUAUGAUAAUAAUAAUAAUGAUUAUAAUAAUGAUAAGAGUUAUUCAUUUGAAAAGAAGGAUGAAUAUAAAGAAAAAUUAUAUCUUAUAAAAUAUAAUUAUAGAUGUACCAUAAAAAACAUUUACCAUAUAUUAAAUCGAAAUGAUGUUUUUCAAAUAUAUAUAUCCAUAUUUUUUAAUAAUUAUAUAAAUCAUAACUUGUUAAAGAGGUUUUUAAUAUUACUUAUAUAUUCCAGCAAUGUCAUAAAUAUGAUAGGUAUGUGUGUAGAAAGUAUAGAUGAGGAAAAUGUCCUUUAUAUGGAAAAUAAGGAUAAUCAUAAUAAUAAUAAUAAUAAAAGAAAGAAUGUAGAUAAUAAUAUAAUUCCAUGUAAUGUAGAAAAAAAAAUGAAUGUUAUAGAUUUUUACAUAAAGAAUAAUUUAAUGAUGAAAUUAAUUAUAAAAGAUAAUAUAUUUUUAUGGUUAGACUUAAUUAUGAACCAAAAACUUUUUUCAGAAGUAAUGUCUUUUCAUUAUCCUAGUUCUUUUGUAUUCCCCAUUAUGAAUUAUUAUGAUUUGUCCAAUGAGCAUGAGCUAUUAUAUAAAAAGAUGAUAAAAGAAAAGGUAUGGUCCUAUAUAAAAAAUGAGAAGUAUCCAAACGAAUUAUAUAAUAAGAGCAUGUAUAGUAUUAUGUAUGAUAUGAAAUAUAUUGAAGAAAAUGAUUUAUGUGUACAUAAAAAAGAAAGUAGUAUAAGAACAAGCAAAAAUGAUGAAAUUAGAGAUGUUAAAAAUGUAGAUAUUUAUAUGGAUGAGGAAUAUAAUGAGAAGAUAGAAAAAGAAAGUAAUAUAUGUGAUAUACAUAAAAGAAAUGAAAAGAUGUUACUUGCUCAUAAUAGUGUUCAUAUUAAUAAAAUAAAGAAUAAAAUGUAUGAUUAUUUAGAAAAUUUGAUUAAGAAGAAAUAUAUGAUAGGUUAUAGUUUUAAAGAAAGUUACAAUAAAACGUCAGAAAUAUUAUUUUGCAUAAGUUUAUUUAUAAAAAAUGUUGUAUCUAAUAUAUUUUAUCCAGGAAUAGAUUAUUGUGAUAUAUUUCAUAAGAAUAUUUUAUUAGAUAAUGAAAAGAAAAUAUUGAAAGAAUUCAUUUUAACGAAUGCGUAUAAUAUAAUAACACUAGGAAAAAAAAAAAAAAAUAUAUUAAAUAAUAAUAAUAAUAAUAAUAAUAAUAUGCAUACCUAUGAGAUAUGGAAUUAUUGGUAUAGUGUGUUUCAUAAAUUAUAUUCAUUUAAAAUAAGAUGCUUUUUAUUUAUUAAAAAAAAUGAAGAGGAAAAAAAUAAUAAAAACGAAAAUAUCAGGAAAACUAGCCAUAUGAAUAUAUAUGAUGACUUAAUACAAAUUAUAAGAAACUUGAUUAGGGGCUUAUAUUAUAUCUUUUUGAAUGUAUAUCAUAAGGAAUAUUUUUAUCUCUUUAUAUAUGAAGAAGCAGAAGAGGAC